AUGGCAUCCACAACUCGAAUCUUCGCUCGCGCAGGCGCUGCACUUAAAUCAACACCUUUCAGACCCGCCACCCGCACUGCUAUAAGUGCUCCUCGUCAAGCCUUCCGUCAACAAUCUCGUCGUGGUUAUGCUUCUCAAGGACCUCCCAAAAAGAACUUCUUCCCUCUCUCUUUCGGUGUUGUUGCUUUGGUCAUUACUGGAGGUGCUGGAUACUACUUUGUAUCUAAAGGCAAUGGAUCACUCUUGAGUGGUUCUGCCAAGGAAACCACCGGUCUCUUCACUCCUAAGAGUGAGGAUUACCAAAAGGUCUAUAAUGAGAUUGCCGAGAGAUUGGAGGAGAAAGAUGAUUAUGAUGAUGGUUCUUAUGGACCAGUCUUGGUCAGAUUGGCGUGGCAUUGUAGUGGAACUUUCGAUAAGGAGACUGGUACUGGUGGAAGUAAUGGUGCCACUAUGAGAUUCGCCCCUGAGGGUGAUCAUGGUGCCAAUGCUGGUUUGGUUGCUGCUAGAGACUUCUUGGCUCCAAUCAAGGCGAAGUACCCAUGGAUCUCUUACUCCGAUCUCUGGAUUAUGGCUGGUAUCUGCGCUAUCCAGGAAAUGCAAGGUCCAGUCAUUCCUUUCCGACCAGGUAGACAAGAUAAGGAAGUUGCUGCUUGCACACCUGACGGACGUCUCCCAGAUGCUUCCCAAGGUAACAAGCACUUGAGAGCUAUCUUUGGUCGUAUGGGAUUCAAUGAUCAAGAAAUCGUCGCUUUGAGUGGCGCCCAUGCUCUUGGUCGUUGCCACAAUGAUCGUAGUGGAUUUGAGGGUCCUUGGACUUUCUCUCCAACUGUUGUCACCAAUGACUACUACAAGCUCUUAUUGAAUGAGAAGUGGGGCUGGAAGAAAUGGAAUGGUCCUAAACAGUACGAAGACAAGACUACCAAGUCCCUCAUGAUGCUCCCCACCGACAUGGCCCUUGUCUCAGACAAAUCCUUCCGCUCCCACGUCGAGAAAUACGCCAAGGAUGAGUCUCUCUUCAUGAAAGACUUCGCAGCCGUCAUCACCAAGCUCUUUGAACUAGGUGUUCCUUUCGCCGAGACUACCGAGCAAGCUCCUAUUAAAUUCAAGUCAACUGCUGCUUAG